AUGGAUUCCCUGCCGGAUGAGAUCGUACAAGACAUCGCAGCGCGUCUGGCACAGGCACCGGACGCGCUUCGCCGUUUCGCCGCCUGCGGGAAGCGCUAUUACUACAUCAGCCAACCCAUCCUCUAUCGCGAUAUUCACCUAUCAAGUCUGGAGAGUGCCAAUCUUCUGACGAGGACUGUUAGACGUCACCAGCGACGCACGGGGUCAGGUGUUCCGAGCUCGCAUCUACCAGGAAUGAUUCGCCGCCUUCAACUCGAUUUUCCGGGUCUCUCGCUCGCCAAAAACGACAUAAACAUCCACGCGUUUCUCCGCAUGCCGUCCCUAGAAUCAUUGGUUUUAGUGAACGUAUCGAUGUUUCCCUUGGAACAGAUGCGUUUACCCGCCCUAAAUCUCCAGCACCUGGAGGUUUGGGUGAUGGGUACGCGUGAGGCGGACCUCUGCGCAUUACUCUCAGCUUGCACUUCCCUUCAAAGCCUUCGACUGGGCCUCCUCGACAUAUUUGUGGGCGUGCGUCUGCUAAAGUUGGUCGAAAAAUUUCAACAAUCCCUGAAAGAGUUCCAGCUGGUGUCCCCGUGGUCCCGUUCUCUGCGUCGAUUCAGAUUGAAAGGAUUCCACCAAAUAACGACACUGCGCCUGACAGCAUGGUUGAUUCUCGAACGCACCCCAGAUGCGGGUGGAGAGUGGCCCCUUCUCCGAUCACUUCCACCCGGGCUACAGAACCUCGCAUUGGACACAAUACCCAAGUUCCGUCACAGAGGUAUCUCGGUCAACGAGCUCAACAUCGCUCUCCUGUUUUUCAUUCAAACAGAAAGCAUCUCACCGUCGCUUGUGACGUUGGCAAUCGAGGUGGCCCCAGACGACGUCUCGUCUGCAGAAAAGCAAUUUACGGCUGUUUCUGAAGCGGCGGAGAAGCGUGGAUUGGAGUUUCGUGUCCUACCACGUCGAUGGAGAAUGGGCAUCUGCCCGCAAUCUCUCAAGUAUGUAAUGCAGGAUUAUCAAGACAUUGCUCAGGCGAUGGCUGCCAACGGAGACUGGGCAUGA